UCCCGAAGCAACCCUCCCUCCCUCCCCCUCUCUCUUUCUCUCUCAUCACGUGGCUAUCACGCUCGCUCUUAUCCGUCAAGUCUCUACCUUAAAAAAUUCGAAGAAAAUGUCGGCACCGUCGGAUUCUCGCCAACUUGUCCUCCUCUGCCUCCCGUCGCCGCCAGAUCCGCAGCCUCCUCAAUCAUAUCCCCCCCGCCGCUGUUUCCCCUGCCACGUCGGCCCAGCCAUCGGUGACCCCACCAGAGCAGAACAUAUAAAUCGUGAGCAGCUUUGCUGGUCAGUCUCACUGGAGUAGGUCGCAAGUUUAACGUUUUGAAGGAGAUAAAGAUAAGCCUCGCGCAGAAAAACAGAGUUCCAACUACAAUUCCCAACUUCCAUCCAUGUCCAUGUCGCUGUCUUCCCUCUGAUUAUCUCCUCUGCCCAUCUCUCUCUUCCUUCUCCUGAUUCUUUUUCCUUGACCCAGGAGCAGCUCGCCUCCCUUUUCCGGGUCGAAUCUCGGGAGGUGGAUGAGUCGGGCGUUCGGUUUCCUCUGCGCGCUCGCCGCUCUCGGGUCGGCUUUGCUCGAGGUCGGCUGCGUCCGCGCGCAGGGAGGCACCGCGAGUCCGGGUCCGAAUUCGACGCGGACGCUCAACGGCAACGGCCAGUACGGGCUCUACUCCAACCUGGAUCCGACAAUGGCGAUCGUGGUCGUGUGCACCGUCUGCGCCUUCUUCCUGAUGGGGUUCUUCUCCAUCUACCUCCGCCACUGCUCCGAGGAGUCCGCCGCCGGCUCCCUCUUGGCCGCCAGGGGAUCCGCCGCCCGGCUCGCCCCCGCCGGCGGCAGCUCGCGCUGCCUCCGGCGAGGCCUAGACCCGGGCGUCGUCGAGUCGUUCCCUGUCCUGGCCUACGUGGCGGUGAAGGACCACAAGUUGGGGAAAGGAGCGCUCGAGUGCGCCGUCUGCCUGUCCGAGUUCGACGACUUCGACUCGCUCAAGAUUUUGCCCAAUUGCGAGCACGCGUUCCAUCCGGAGUGCAUCGACGCGUGGCUCGCCUCCCACGUCACCUGCCCAGUCUGCCGAGCAAAUCAGACUCCCGAUCCGUGCCACCGACACGUCGCCGCCGCUGCCACCGAAUCGGCCGUCGACCCGAGGCGAAUAAACCAGCCACGUGUGGAAGGAGAAGAGCACCAGCCACGACGCCAACAACAACCACCGUGCGAUGAAACACAAAACGAAGUGAGGAUCAACAUGGUCGGGGGAGGAGGAGAUGAAGAGUUAGGAGGCGCGGCGGCGGCGGCGGCGGCGGCGGGGAAGCUGCCGAAGUCCCACUCCACGGGUCACCUGCUGGCUCGACCCGGAGCCGAGCCGGACCGUUACGCGCUGCGAUUGCCGGAGGAAGUCAGGAAACAGAUACGGACGGCGGCGAGCGCCAAGGUGGGGAUGAAGCGGUCGACGAGCUACGACGUUGUGCUGGCGAUAGAAGGGAGUUCGAGGAAGGGAGCGGGGCGUCUCUUGGCCGUGACGCCGUCGUUUCUGUUGUGUACAGAAGAUGGGACGGACGGUGGCGAUCGCGUGUUCGAGGUGGGCCAACAGUCGCUAUCACGGCUUCCCGUAUAGGUUCGCGUCGCAGCUUCUUUGAUUU